GUUGUAGAAUUUGUCGGUGUGUGUUUCCAACUAAUCGAAUAAAACGUUUAGCUCACGAGUAACCUACGAGAAUACGGGUAAAAUGUAAAUGACGCUUGAACGACUACAUGCCGGUUGACACGAACGCUGAAUUCUCUAGGCCAUGAACCAACAUCACGUAAUAAUUCACUGAAUAAAAACGUAAUCGUCUCACAAGUUGUGCAAUUUUACAUUAGAACCAGCACUGACCUACUUCAAAUAAACGAUAUCAUAAAGAAAAGGCAGUCUUCAAUUUGACAUAUUAUCUACAACAGAUAGAGGUACAAACAAUACAACCGUUAAGUCUUUAGACGGAUAAAUUUUCACCAUAUUACAUCAUAAAAAAUAAUCAUUCAAGAUCGUGCACAUUGGGGAGUUACGGCGAUUCAUGGAAAUUGAAAGUGAAGACCAGGGCAUGCGCUUGACUCAAAAACGAUAUUUUAAAUGAAGUGAAGGUCACCUUGGAUCCAGUUAAAGUUCUAAGCUUAUAUAUAACGGAGUGUUGUGGUAAUAUUUGUUUUACAUUUGCCGUGUAAUUAUGAGUGUUAGAGACAGCUUAUUCGUCCCCGUAGGGGAACCCAUUGAAAAAACCUCCAACAGAGUUACAGUUGUCGGUACAGGUGCAGUUGGAAUGGCUACUGUUGUUAGUUUGCUCAUGCAGGGAAUAACAAAUGAUGUUGUACUCAUCGAUGUCAUGGAGGAUAAAUUAAAAGGUGAAUUAAUGGAUCUUCAGCAUGGAGCUCUAUUCCUGAAAAAUCCAAAGAUUGGCGCUAGUAAAGACUACGCAGAUUCGGCCGGUUCCAAAGUAUGUAUUAUCACAGCUGGAGCUAGACAACAAGAAGGCGAAUCACGUCUAGAUUUGGUCCAAAGAAACACAGACAUUUUAAAACACAUUGUUCCUCCCUUAGUGCAAUAUUCACCAGAUACCAUUUUAAUGAUAGUCAGUAAUCCGUGUGACAUAUUGACGUAUGUGGCUUGGAAACUCUCCGGAUUACCAGUUAAUCGAGUAUUUGGUUCAGGAACAAAUCUCGAUACGUCCAGAUUUAGGUUUUUAAUUUCUCAGAGACUGGGGUGCAGUUCUAGCAGUGUACAUGGAUGGAUCAUUGGAGAACAUGGAGAUACUAGUGUUCCUGUAUGGUCCGGUGUCAAUGUAGCUGGAGUUCGUUUAAAAGAUAUACAACCCAAAAUGGGAACCGAUGAUGAUCCAGAAGGCUGGAAAAAAUUACAUGCAGAUGUCAUCAACGCUGCAUAUGAAAUAAUUAAAUUGAAAGGUUACACUAAUUGGGCUAUUGGCCUUAGCGCAGCUUCUUUAACGAACACAAUAUUGAAGAACCUUCAUAACGUCCAUGCAGUAUCAGUUUUGGUGCAGGGACAUCAUGGAAUUACAGAAGAAGUGUAUCUUUCAUUGCCUGCAAUAUUGGGAGAUACUGGCGUGGUUAGCAUUGUUAAACAAACACUAAACCCGGAUGAACAGGCAUCUUUACAAAAAUCUGCCAAAACGAUGGCUGCCGUACAAGCUGACUUAAAAUUAUAAUUAUAUACGUAACACAAGUUGAAUGGUUAUUAAUUUUUAAAUGUGUAUGUAAAUGUUAGAUUAGAGAAGACUUCUAUGGAACAUAUUUCAUAGCUUAUUUUGAAUUACGCUACUAUUGAUAACAAAAUGAUUAAUUAUAUUACUUGUUAGUUUCUAUAAAUUUUAAAUUUUUUUAUACGUUGAUUCAUUGCAGAAUAUUUUCUGUUCUAUAUAUUUGAAACACUCUAAUUUUUUCUGUAUCAAUUUUUAUAUGCUUUUGAUGACAAUUACUGCUUUAUGUUUUUUUUUUAAAUAUGAUUCUAAGUCUAAGUUCAAAUUACUCUCAAAAAAUUUGUAGUUGAUGUGAAUAUUAAUCCAUGAUUCACAGCCUGUCACUAGUCAUACAUUUAUUUAUAACUGAUAAACUAUGUAAUUUAGUGGAAAGUAAAGGUUAUUUCCUUGCUUCACCAUGCAGGAUAUAUUUAUAUAAAAGUUUUGUCUUCUUUGAUUAUGAAUUGCUGAUAUUAGAAAGUUGAUAUUCUAGUCCUUCAGACAAAAUUCCAUAACAAACUAACUACUAUUCCUUUGAAUUAGUUUAGGGGACAGCAAUUUCGAAAGAUUAUCCUUAUGUAUGUAAAACAACACAAUGAGAUUUUAUAACUAAACAUCUAUGGUAAAAUUCGCUGCCACGAUCCUUUCUAAUGUUCAAUGAAUUAUGUAUUAAAGAGUAUAUUUCCAAUAAUCCCAAUAAUCUAAUAAAUAUUCAAUCCGACUACUUCAAAGUUGAGAACCUAUAACACAGAGAGAUAGUUGUACUUCCCGUGGUAGUUGUACUUGUAAUAUUGUUACCCUUUGUAAAAUAUAGUUAUUCUUGUUAAUUAUAUGCACAAUUUUUCUUCCUGCUUCUAACUUAUUCUUUGUAUUGUCAUCGGUGAAUUAAUGACCCGUUUAAAGUUCAGGUUCUUUCACCUACUUGAGCCAAUAUAAUGGAUUAUGAUUUGAUUUUGACAUUAUCAAGCAUGCGCAGUACAGAUAAAGUGUCUCGAACGGGAGAGAAAAUGAAUAUUGUCGGCACCGUAACGCUUUUCGGUCCCAUGAAUCAUGUGCGAAUAUCUACUUCGCGGCAGGGGAGUCGCGUAUGCUGUUGGAUACAAGCCUCCACCGCUAACAAUUACUGCUGCGUUUAGUUUAAAAUGGGAUUUGGCCACAGCAAUACUGGCAAUUGGCCAUAAUGAUCGGCUGGCCAUAUUCGACCCAGGUACCUUACUAUAAAUUAAGAAAGUAAAGAAAACUUGUUUAGACGAAGUGAAAAAAUUUAUUUUUUUCAAAUGAAAAAAAAAAAAGAAAAAACCAGAAAACUUUAUUGAGUCUGGAAUAAGUACAGAAUGAACCAACUUUAUGGCAUUUCGUUUUUUUCUUAUAUUUAGUACACCACGAAGAUUUUCCAUCAUUGUACGUUUUUACCUAGUUGAAACAACUAUAAGCGCGUGGUUUUUGUCCAAUGAUCACAAGAUCGAAACUGGCGCAUGGUGUAAAUACACGCAAGAAUUCCAUAUACGUUUGCUUCUAUAACGACAAGUUAACCUCUACGCCCUACGGUCUUAACAAUUAAAUAGUAGAAAUUGUGACUAAGCUAAGAUUAAAUUUUAACUAGUAUAAAAAUGUCUAAUUACAUUUUAAAUAGGAUUCCUAACAAAAAUGAAUUUGGAACAUAAUAAAUCGAUUUGUCCUCUUUCAAUUGCGAAAAUUUCUCCUUUAGCGUCAAAUAAACUAUAUGUAGCUUAGAAUCAGAUGGGGUGAACGAAUAAUAUUAAAUUGAAAGCCAGUUUUUUACGAACAAAACUUAAAAAUCUUAAAAAAAUUGGACUAAAAACUGUGAACAACUUAUAUAACUAGAACGUUGAUUAAAUUAACAGAAUCAAUCUGCUACGUUAUCAAAAGUUGAUUGAAACAAUUAAAUUUUAUUAUUUUGUUGCUGUUGAAGCUGAUACAUAAAAAAUAAUUUUUAUUAGUGAUUGUACGACUGAAAUGGCAUCGGCAUACUAAUUUUUGAAUACGAGAGAUAUUUGACAAAUAAUAUAACAAGCCGAUUGGCAUGUUAAGAAAAUAUUUAUUUAAAUAUAUUUAUUGAAAAAGCUCCAUUAUUUUACCUCGUUGAUGAGAAGCAACAAUUUUUGUUCUUCGAAUUAAUUCAAUAAUAUAUAAUUUUUGUAUUUUUUUAAACAGGGUACCACACUACAGUAUUAUGCAUUUUUCAAUUAUGUGGUAUUCUCUUAGUACAUUUUAUUGCAUAUUCCAUUAAUACGAUUUAUUCUUUCAAUUCUACUUAUUUUCAUCAAAUUAUCACUUUCAGUAGCCAAAAAUCUACAGGGAAUGAAUCCACUAACCAUAUAGUUCUAUUAUUAUUAUAACUUUAUUUUGUGUAUGGCGCCAAUUAUGAAUAAAAGUUCUUAUAAAAAAUUUUACUUCAUUUCCAAUAAUACUAAUAAUGUUAAUAUUUAAGUCACUCUCUCUCUCAAGUUUCAUAAAUACAUUUUUCAAGAACUGCGAUUUGUUCCAUUCAAUUUUUAUUUAUUAUUUUUAUUAUACUUUCUUAGUGUGUAAUAUUUUUAUUAUAUAUCUAAAUAAAUUGUACAGAUUCAAGUGAAUAAUACCGAUUAUAAUUUUAUAUUUUUGAAAAUAAUUAUAUUAUGCUAACAAAUAAUAAAUAUUGGACACUA